GAAGAAAAUCUUGCAGACCAAAAUCAUCUGAGUGAUGAAGCCCUAAUUUUAUCCGCUCCCCCUUUGAUGUUCAGCGGUGGGUUCUUAGUUUAGAAAAAUAAAGGGAGAGGGAAAGAGGGAGAGGGAGAGAGGAGAAGAAGACAGUGCUAGGAGCAGAUGACUUUUCAUCCCCACUUCACCUUGCCACUGGGUCUGUGAGAGAUUGGUUCACUGUCAAGGAGAUUUUUUUUACCCAUGAUUCCAUGUGGUAUGGACUGGGCUACAUGUUGCCCAACAUGCCAGUGCAAAUGUUUUCUCAAUUAGGUGUCUUAUCUCCCGUGAGUUAGCAUCAGAUGAAGCUUGCUGACAGCAUAAUGGCAGGGAAAACCUCCGACGGAUCCAUCAAAUGGCAGCUCUGCUAUGACAUCUCGGCCAGAACUUGGUGGAUGGAUGAAUUUCAUCCUUUUAUUGAAGCACUUCUUCCCCAUGUCCGAGCAUUUGCGUAUACAUGGUUCAACUUACAAGCUCGAAAGCGAAAAUACUUCAAAAAACAUGAGAAACGCAUGUCAAAAGAAGAAGAGAGAGCUGUGAAGGAUGAAUUGCUAAGCGAAAAACCUGAGGUCAAGCAAAAAUGGGCAUCCAGGCUUCUGGCAAAGUUACGGAAAGACAUCAGGCCUGAAUAUCGGGAGGAUUUUGUUCUAACUGUCACAGGGAAGAAACCUUCAUGUUGUGUCCUUUCCAAUCCAGACCAGAAAGGCAAGAUGAGAAGAAUUGACUGCUUACGCCAGGCAGAUAAGGUCUGGAGGUUGGACCUUGUUAUGGUGAUUUUAUUUAAAGGUAUUCCGCUUGAAAGUACUGAUGGCGAACGCCUUGUAAAGUCCCCACAGUGCUCAAACCCAGGGCUGUGCGUACAGCCACAUCAUAUAGGGGUUUCUGUUAAGGAACUCGAUUUAUAUUUGGCAUACUUUGUGCAUGCAGCAGAUUCAAGUCAGUCAGAAAGUCCAAGCCAGCCAAGUGAUGCUGAUAUUAAGGACCAGCCAGAAAAUGGACAUUUGGGCUUCCAAGACAGUUUUGUCACAUCAGGCGUUUUCAGUGUGACUGAGCUAGUAAGGGUCUCACAAACACCAAUAGCCGCAGGAACAGGCCCUAAUUUCUCACUCUCAGAUUUGGAAAGUUCUUCAUACUAUAGCAUGAGUCCAGGAGCUAUGAGGAGAUCUUUACCAAGCACCUCCUCUACCAGCUCUACAAAGCGCCUCAAAUCUGUAGAGGAUGAAAUGGAUAGUCCUGGAGAAGAAUCAUUUUAUACAAGCCAAGGGCGGUCUCCAGGAAGUGGCAGUCAGUCAAGUGGAUGGCAUGAAGUGGAACCAGGGAUGCCAUCACCAACUACAUUAAAGAAGUCAGAGAAGUCUGGUUUCAGCAGUCCCUCGCCUUCGCAGACCUCCUCCCUUGGAACGGCAUUCACACAACAUCAUCGACCUGUCAUUACAGGACCCAGAGCAAGUCCACAUGCAACACCAUCGACUCUUCAUUUUCCAACAUCACCCAUUAUUCAGCAGCCUGGGCCAUACUUCUCACACCCAGCAAUCCGCUAUCAUCCUCAGGAGACUCUGAAAGAGUUUGUCCAACUUGUCUGCCCCGAUGCUGGUCAGCAGGCUGGACAGGUGGGGUUUCUCAAUCCCAAUGGUAGCAGCCAAGGCAAGGUGCACAAUCCAUUCCUUCCUACCCCAAUGUUGCCACCACCACCUCCGCCACCGAUGGCCAGGCCUGUGCCUCUGCCAGUGCCAGACACAAAGCCUCCAACCACGUCUACAGAAGGAGGUGCCUCCUCUCCCACUUCUCCAACCUACUCGACACCCAGCACCUCCCCUGCAAACCGAUUCGUCAGUGUUGGACCACGGGAUCCAAGCUUUGUAAAUAUCCCUCAACAGACACAGUCCUGGUACCUGGGAUAAAAUUCAUAGCUUCCCACCAUCCACCAGACAGACCACCUGACCCCUUCCCAACUCUGUAACAUUGGAAGCAGCAGCAACACAGUGCAGUUACUUCACAUCCGUGGAAGGGGAGAAGAACAGAUGUCAACAGCAAACUGAUCAUACUCAGAAACAGCAAAAGUUAUGGUUGAUUGACAAAGGCCGUAACAUGGGGGGAGGAGAGGAUUUUUUUUUAUAAAAAGAACACCUUACUGACUGAUGUAAUUUCUCAUAUGGUGCUGGAAAUGUUUGGGCUUCAUAAUUUUGAAGUGUUUCAAUUGGUAGUGUAAUCAUUAGGGACACUGGGCAGUAGAGCUAGCCUCCUGGCUGCUUACUGACUUGCUGUUAUAACACUUUUCAUCCAUCACCUGGUUGUUUUACAGUAUUUUCACCGAUUUAUUUCCCAUACAGGUGUGAAACUUCUUUGAGAGAUCAUGAGAAACAGACUUAAAUGAUAAGUUUUGUAGUAGCUGAAUUCUGCAACAUAGAGUGUACAGGACAGACACGGAGUAUGUUUUUUCUGUAACGUAUCGCUUUUUAAAAAAUUUCGCAGUCAGAAGAUAGAUAGGUAACAUGAAUCAUAAAGAGCAUUAUCAACAGGUUGAUUUUCACUCAAGUUGCAGAGAAAUAUAAAACAUCAAUCUACUGCUACUCACAAGAAAAAAGAAAAAGGUUUAAAAUGCUGCACUUACAUGAAAUGUUUUUGACGAUUUUCAACAAUUACAUAAAAUUCACCUGGAAAUGGGGAAGUUGGUCUGUUUUGAUAGAAACUGACAGGAAUCAAUCAAAACAAUCGAAUUUUGAAUUGAGAAAAGUGCAAUUUCAUUGGAUAGCUAAAUAUCUUUGUAAGAUAGAGAUUGUUGAAAAUUCUAUUUUUGUUUUCCAAGUCCUACCACCCCAGGACUCUAAAUUAUUGGGGUAAAAAACAGCCUUGCAAGAAAAAAGGGGGAGCUAUUUUUGCUUUUUAUGUUUUUUAUUAUUAAACUUGUAUCCCUUUAAAACUGAAGGAAAUUUUAAAAAAAUACAAAAAUUAAUGGUGCUUUUACCACAAUAUGUUAACUACAUUAAAUGCUAAUUAAUCAUUUUCUGUUAUCAAAGCACAUAAUUAAAAUUAAAUCAUAGUACCUGUUAAUUUUAUAAGCUAAAAGUCAAUAUAGUACAUUAUGCCAAUUCUGACAAACUUUAUGUGUUUCCAGCAAUAUAGGGAAUAUCACUUUUCAAAAUUCCUUGACCAGAACCUAGCACAGAGUUAGGUGUGCUUCAUCCCGUUGGGUGGGUUUUAACAUACCUAACCCUAGAUUGAAUUGUGACCCUUGAGAUAAUAGAGAGCUGUCCAGAAAAUGAAACGCCUUUGUGUCCCUGAGCUGGUAUUGUUUUCUGGACUGUAUAAGCAAAAAUAAUAAAGCAAAGUGUUGAUUCUAUAUCUUAUGGCAGUUCAAAGGAAGGGCGCCUUGAAAAAAGUUAGGACCCCAAAUGUUCUGUACCUUAUGUACAAAAAAAAAACCCUGGAAAAAUGCAAGUUUUUUUUUUCUAACAGACGGCGGAGCACCCCUUUGCUUCCCAUGCAACUUUAAGAAGGUUUCCUAUAUUAUACAUAUAUAUACGUUCUGGUUGGCAAGUCCAGCUAAUCAGAGAAAGUCUGUGCAUGUUCUAGUGUUAGUAACUAAUUUUUAUAUAGUUAAUGUAGGGUAAAGUAGAGUGCAUUAAGACACAAUAUUGUAAUCCCUAAUCCAGGCACUUGCCUUUAAACUAUGUUUGUUCAGCCCUUCAGAAGGGUUUCUACUACUGUCCUAUACAAUCAAGUAAACUGAAUUUCUUGGGAAGACACUUUGCUCCUCAUCGUUUCCCUAAAACUAAUUUUUUUUGUUUUGUUUUCUUGAUUUGCACGAAACAAAAAAAAAUUCCAUAUCAAUGUGCCUUGCCCUGGAUAGCGAUUAUUUGUGGAAUUGUUGCACAUGUUCCUAUAUUGAAAGGGUUUUUUCCCUAGUCAAGCAUUUGGAGACACUUUUUUGUAAAUGUGACUUUUAUGUCAGCCAUUGUCAGUUUCAGCAUCUUAGAAUUCAGUAGAAUGUUAGUCAUUUCCACAGAUAGGGGUAGUGUUUUCUUGUCCUGUACGGUCAGUGGCAGUGCUAUUCUGAGAUCUGUAGAUGCUAGAUUAUCAGUAUUUUUGGAUGUUGCUGCAUUUUACAUUUUAUUUGGAAUCUUCCUUUUGUUUUUUCCCCCCAGAUAUAUGAAAAUAUGCAAUACCUGCUUAUAUCAUGUAGAAGAAAAGCUUAACAAUUCUUAAUUUUUCUUUGACUUUUUUUUUUAUUUGACCAAAGUCAGUGCUGCACUUGACGCAGUGUGUUUUAGGUGUUUGUACUUUUUUGGGGGGGUGAUUUUUGAAUGCACACGCAGGAAGGGCUCUUCUUAGAGAAGCAGUCAAACUGUGAAGCACUAAGCUGAACCCUGCUUCAAGCGAGUUUUGUUUUACAACUGUUCCUUUCACAAGCAAGCCUUAACAAAAAACCUCCCUUUUCUUCAGCUCCCACACCCAUUUUUAUUAGCAGAUUGCAAUCAAUCCACAUUCAAUAAAAGUAUAUAAUGCCCAUUUUUAUAUGCACGUUUUUAAAACUUCCAAGUUCUGAAAAUUGUUUACUGGUUAUUCUCUAUUUAAGGAAAAUGUUUUGGAUUUUCAUAUAUGUCAGAUAAGUGGUUGAGUAGUCAUUUGCUCUGUUGUAUUGUGUGAUUGUUAGUAUUAUGGUAUCACAUCCACUAGCCAGCAUCAUUUGCCUUCCCUAUAGCACUUAGCAGGGCAUUACUUUAUUAAGACAUAUGUGCACUAAAAAUAAAAAAUUAGCAGCUUUCAGUGCUUCACAGUGAAGGGAAAAAAGCCUAGACAAACAUUUUGUCAGAACCUUGCUAUAAGCCAAGGUAUUACCAGUAAAUUGGUUGUAUAUACAACAAAAUUGCACCCUUUUUUAAAAAAAAACAAACGAAGCAAUAGUUUGGGCAGUUAGUUGUUUUUAGUGAGCAUGUCGUAGUCAUGGCCGCAAAGAGACAGAAUCAAAGCUGCCCACUCAGAAGCGAUGUAAUUUGUAUGUUGUAUAGUUUUAUUGAUUACACUGAUUUAUUCUACCCUAUUUUAUAAUGCAGGACUUUUGUAAUGUUGUUUAAAUGAGGAAAAAUUUCUGUCAAAUUAGCUUAGUGGAAUUUCUGAUUGUUCGUUAUAAAGGCAGCAUUCAUAGAAUUGCUUUUUUUUUCCUUUGGGAACUGGAUUUAAGUUAAAAACUUUCCUGUUUCCUUUUUGUAUGUAUUUAAAUACAGUUAUUUUUGUUCUUUUCUCAAUAGUAUAGCAUAUUCCUAUGCUUGAGAAGUAUAGGCUACUGAAGAACCAUUGUAAAUGGACAUUACAGAUAUGCUGUAUUUUUGAAGGUGUUUUAUCGUAUUAAGUCUGAAGAUGGUAAAGUUAGGGAAUUCUGAUCGGAAUUGCAUAAAACAAAUUGUUUUAAAGGCUUUAAACUUUAGGUAGGCAGUCAAGGGUGUUUACCAACUGGGGUUGUAAAGUAUUAAAGACACUAAAUUAAAUUUUGGUUCCUCUUAUUAUCAUGCAGAAACACAGCAGUUCAGAUCUGUUCAGGUGUGGAGAUCAAACAGUGUUUUAUUCCUCAGAAUGGAACAGAGAAUGGAGAUCUUAGGGGAGACAGCUGCGUGGGGUGUGCAGUCUACAAUAGAAAAAUAAGCUUGGGUCACACUUCAGAAUUAGAUUCGCAUUUGCAUUGCCCAUUUUGAAAUUGCACUUUACUCUUUGUGCAAACAACUUUUCUUUGUGACCCUUUCUCUGAAAACCACCAGAUGUACAAACACCAACUUUUGCCCCCUUCUUCCUCCUUACCCACAAUCAAAAUGACUAUGUCUCCAUGAAUUGACUCUGCUAUUAAAUAUGUUCUUUUUAUCGCUUUUUAAAAUUGGACUUUACCUGUUGUCACUCUGCACACCCCUGCAAUAGUAUAUUUGUUCAUAAUCUUGGCCCCUUCUCUAAAAAGGAAUAGAAACUUUUUGGCUCCACAGUAUUCAGUCAGCCCACAGGAAUAUGCAAAAUCCCUCUACCUAGUUUUCUUUCACUAUUUCCUUUCUGUUCCAUAUAUUUUGCAGCUUUGUAGUAACAGUGUUAAUAUUUACCGUACACACACGCAAACAACAAAAGACAAAAAACCCAAAUACAUGGCAUAAAACAGUUUUUUUCCUUGUGAUUUUUUUAAAAGAAUGUCAGUACUAUACUUUGCAUUGUGUCUCUAGAAAUAUCUUUUUUAUUAUUUUCCUUUGGUAGAAGGCCUCCAUAGAACAAACAUUGCAAAACACAACCGGCAUGAAAAUGUAAGGAGAGCUUCAAUGGCACCUAAACAAAACUCAUCUUUCAUGAGAUCUAUUGGGGGAGAUUUCAUGAAAUGAACUCUGCCUACCAGGCAAGGUUUCCAUUAAAUCAAGCUUACAAAGCCAAUUUUGUCUUGAAGUCAAUGCAUGUAUUACUGUUUGACAGUAAAACCCAGCUAUGCCAUCAUCAAGUCCAAGGCUGUGCAAUAGUCUAAUUAGUAUCGAGUACAUUUUCCUUUUAUUUUUUCCAAUAAAAAAGCAGUGGGAUGAAAAUUGCUUUGAUAUAUAGCAGGUAACAUUGAAGCUAUUCCAUAGCACUUAACUGUAGUGAAUACUGUGUCACCAAUUCUGAAAUCAAUUUAAUGUUUAAUGCAAAUCCAUUACAUGGUGCUAUUACAGGCUGGCAAAAUGAUUUACAAAAAUGUGACAACUUGGGCUCAAUUCACUCUGCUUUCCAACAAUGUAAAUGCAUAGCAGUGUUUAUCUGCAUGAGAACUAUGCACUAAUAUAAAUCUGAAAAAAAAAAAGAAAUAUAUCAACUUUGGUAUCUAGUUUCCGUUUACUUCAAUCCUUUGCCUUUUUGGUCGUUAUUAUAAAUGCCAGCUUUAGGACAGAAAGAAAUAUAAGAAAACCAGCAUAAUACCUGAUAUAUUAAAAAUGUAGUGCCUGUGAAAUCUGUAUUAUAUUGCUCUUCUGAAGUAAGAUUUUUCUACACCAGUAGCCUUCGCUGUCUGUCAGAACCUUCUGAUAUAGGUGAUGUAAAAUAACCGUACAAUAUUAAUGCAUGCUAUUCCAUAAUGCUUAGUGAGCUGUAUGAAUAUUACUCAAAGUUAUGUUAGUCUUUUUUUUCUGACUUGGUUCUUGUCAGAUAGGUUUAAAGAUAUUUCACUGAGAACACAAAUUCUGUUUUUUCUUGAUUUGGGAUGUUUUCAGUAUCUUGGAGAUAUACAUUUACUUAAAAUUCAGUAUUACUUGUGUUGGGGGGCAUUCUUUAUUCUUGAAGGCAGGCAUGGGAUUCGAAAUCAGAAAUCCAUGUGUGGUGGUAUUUUUGCUCACAAGCUUCCAUAAAAACUUUAGGAGCUCAGUCUGAAAGAACAAUAAGACAUAUUUCAGUUAAGGGGCAAUUCUCAAACUUUGAACUGACAAUGAAAGUGGUUUUUAAUGGAUAGUAUUUAAACCAGGUACCCAUGCUUGGCCCUUCUUCACACCAGACCUCCUCAUAUUAAAACAACCUUUGAAGAACCUUUAAGACCCCAACUGCACAUGGCUGUUUAGUUUCAUGCACCAUUGCAAUUUUCUUUUCUUCAAAAGAAAACUCUGUAUAAACUUUGGGCCCGAUUCAUGAAUGAUCACUAGGCAUUAACAUAGGAUUUGGGUGUGUUUUUAAAUUCACAUUUGAGUUCUCUUUUUUCCCAAGACAAGUGUAAACUUUGGCAUGUUGUGAGAAAUUGAAUUCAUGUUAAUCAAGGGACUUCAUGGAAUCAAGACUUGUCCACUACCUGCAAUAACUACAUCACUUGAUAUGAGUAAGGUAAAAGGAGACCUAGGUACUAUUUCAGUGACAGCAUCCUCAUUCUGCAGUUUGCACAAAUUUGAGAUGUUCUACUGUGCUGUUGAGCAAAGAUCUUGGUCAUACAAAAAUCUGGAGAUUUUCCAUAUAUUUUGCAUUUCUUUUCUGGAUUUUUCUUGCAGUUCAGGGUUUUACUAGCUAUUUAAUCCACACAAUCCUGCACCCUCAUGUACAACUAUCCUUCAAAUCAGUGAUUUUUUUUCUAGGCUAGAAAAAAAUAAAGCUAGAAUAAUCAUAAUCCCAAAGACGAAACUAGGACAUAGGCAAAAGCUGAAAAAGUUUGGUUAUUCACUGUAGAAAAGAGCUCUCACUGUAGUGUUAGGAGAGCACAAACAAUAUGGCUGGGUGAACAGGAUUUGUUCUAUAACUUCUCUUUUGUAGGUGCUGUAGGAAGGCAGGAAAAGAUAGUUUUGCAGUCAUUUUGCAGGCAUGCAAAGUAUGUUAGUAGGGACAUUCAGCUAAUGAGAAGUAUCCACAAUGCAGCUGCUGUUGGCUUCUUUGCACAGUUAGGUAUGCACCAAUUCACAUGUUCAGUUCUAGCAGUCCUACACUUUGACUUUCAUCUUCAAUUUGAUGUAUCAAAGUACCGCCCAUGGAAAUUUGAACAAUCAACAAAAUCACUGAACCCCAUGUUAAUACCCCUGUAUCUCCACUUCCUUUAUGAAUCGGGCCCCUUGUGCCUCUAGAAUCUUUGUAUUGACUCUCAUAGUUAUUUUAGUUUUACUGUGUUCUGUGAAAAUUUGCAAUUGGUUGAGAAUCACUGUGGGCAUCCAUUCUUUUUUCAACUAAAUUUCUGCAGGUUUUUUGAGCUGGUGUGGAUUAGUUUUAACUCUUGUAUUCAACCAUUAGUGCUACCACCCUCUCACAUUACAAUACAAUUACUGGAAGCAAGUACUGCAUUUCCUAUGCAACAAAAAAGGAAAAUAAAAAAUUGCUAAUGCUAA